GGUUGGUCCACCAUUGAACACUCACGGGUUCAUUCCAUCUAUAAUGUCUUAAUACCAUCAAUUAAGUAUUGCACUUAGCAUUGUCACAUAGCUUCCCAUCUAAGAUUAUCUAGCUAAAAAUAUUGUAACCAAUCUAAAUUAAACUAAAAAUAUCUUUAAAAUCGAUUCAAACUGAUAUAUACAUACACUAGCAGCUAAUUUUGUAGAAGCGUUUGUUUCCAAUAUUCCACAUGGAUCCAAUUGGUUUUUUCCUUCUUCUGACAUCUCUGUUACUCAGUUACCCCUUUGUUCUCAUUGCUCAAAAUCCGUCUAAUACAACAACUAUCAGUGUUGUAGGAGUUGUUUAUUGUGAUACAUGCUCAACUGGAACUUUCUCCAAACACAGUUACUUCUUGUCAGGUGUUGAGGUUCAUAUAGAGUGCAGAUUUAGAGCGAGCUCACCAAGAAGCAACGAACAGAUAAGCUUCUCAGGGAACCGAACAACAGACAGAAAUGGAGCAUACAAGUUAGAUAUACCAUCAGUUGAUGGAGAUAACUGUAAAAGUUCUAUGGAUGGUGGUAAUUCAGAGAUUGUAACUCUAUGUGAAGCAAGUUUGAUAGGAACCUCUUCAUCUUCUUAUUCUUGCAAUGUUCCUUUCUUAAAGAGCACAAGAAGUAGUGAAAUAUUAAAACGGGAUAAUAACCUAUGUGUAUACAGCUUGGGAAGUCUAAGUUACAAGCCACCUAUAAUCAAUACUCCCUUAUGCUCAAAUUAGCUUCUUUCCAGAGGUAUUGUCUAAAUGAGUGUGUAUUUAUAAAUUACGUGUCGGUCGUAACUUCAAUUUGAAGUAAUGUGAGAUUUUUUAGUGUGCCAAAGCAAAAUUUGUCAAAGUUCAUUUUAGCACCUCCCUUUAUUUCUUUCCAUGAAUGUCUUCCAUUCAAGUUAGGGAUAGAAGGCCACCUUCAUUCACCCCCUUUUAUUUUAGGGGACUCCCUACAGAGCCAAAAACCACACAUUCUCAUCUCUAAACUAUCCUUUCUUCAUUUUUUUUUUACUUUUCAGAUAAUUAUUUAAUAUUUAUAUAUGGAAAUACCUAGUUAGCUAGCAAUUGUGUAAAAUAUACGUCCCAUUUUAUAAAUUUUAUUUAUCAUUUCUAUUAUGUAAUGUAAGUGUAAUUCAUGUAUUUAUUUUAUAUGUGAAUGUUAAUAAAACAACACCCUUUUGUAUGUUGA